CCCAUAAAGGGCGCUGUAAUCCUUUUUCCAAAUCAAUCAACGUUAUAAAGGUUAAGUUUAAGAAAAAGCAGCUAUCAGAUAAUAAUGUAAUUCAUUGUAUAAACUUUAUUAAAUAUUUAUUUGAUAAAAAGAAAUGACGUCAAGUUAUUAUUUUGCAAUUGUUGGACAUGAAGAUAAUCCAUUAUUUGAAAUUGAAUUUAGUAAUUCAAAAGAUGCAAAGAAAGAAGAUCAUUCUCACUUAAGCCAGUUUAUAGCACAUGCUGCACUUGAUUUAGUAGAUGAACAUAUAUGGAAAACUACAAAUAUGCAUUUGAAAGUUGUAGAUAAAUUUAAUCAAUGGUUUGUUAGUGCUUUUGUUACUGCAACUCAUAUACGCUUUAUUAUGGUUCAUGAUUAUAAAAAUGAGGAUGGUAUAAAAAAUUUUUUUAAUGAAAUGUAUGAAACCUAUAUCAAGUAUUCAAUGAAUCCAUUUUAUAAACUCAACACUCCUAUUAAAGCAGUUGGUUUUGAAAAAAAAGCUCAAUUUUAUGGAAGGAAAUAUUUAAUGUCAUAAUAUGAAAACAUAAA